CCUCACUGCGUUAAGGUCAUUCACAGUUGGGAAGUGCCCAUCUGCAACGGAGGCUGAGAAUACAAGGGAACACGGCAGCGCAAGAACAAGUUAACAUCCAAAAUGUCUCUGUCAAAUAAACUCACUUUGGAUAAGGUGGACGUGAAGGGCAAGCGUGUCAUCAUGAGGGUUGAUUUCAACGUGCCCAUGAAGGACAAGAACAUCACCAACAACCAGAGGAUCAAAGCUGCCGUUCCCUCCAUCAAGCACUGCCUGGACCACGGAGCCAAAGCAGUGGUUCUGAUGAGCCAUCUGGGCAGGCCUGAUGGAAACCCCAUGCCUGAGAAGUUCUCCCUGGAGCCAGUGGCUGCUGAGCUGAAGACAUUGCUGGGCAAGGAUGUCAAGUUCCUCAAGGACUGCGUUGGCCCUGAUGUCGAGGCGGCUUGUGCAAAUCCUGCUGAUGGUUCCGUUAUCCUGCUGGAGAACCUGCGGUUCCACGUAGCAGAGGAGGGCAAGGGCAAGGACGCCUCCGGAAACAAGACCAAAGCAUCUCAGGAGCAGAUCGAUUCCUUCAGAGCCUCCCUGUCCAAGCUGGGGGAUGUUUACAUCAACGAUGCUUUCGGCACAGCACACAGAGCACACAGCUCAAUGGUGGGUGUGAACCUGCCCCAGAAGGCUGCUGGCUUUCUCAUGAAGAAGGAGUUGGACUACUUUGCCAUGGCACUGGAGAAACCUCAAAGGCCUUUCCUGGCCAUCCUUGGAGGUGCUAAGGUCAAGGAUAAGAUUCAGCUGAUCAACAACAUGCUGGACCAAGUCGAUGAGAUGAUCAUUGGUGGUGGUAUGGCCUUCACCUUCCUGAAGGUCCUCAACAACAUGGAGAUUGGAACUUCCCUGUAUGAUGAUGAGGGUGCCAAGAUUGUCAAGGACCUGAUGGCAAAGGCUGAGAAGAACAAAGUGAAGAUCAACCUCCCCACUGACUUUAUCACUGCUGAUAAAUUUGAUGAGAAAGCAACCACAGGCACGGCCACAGUGGACAAAGGCAUUCCUGCCGGCUGGAUGGGUCUGGACUGUGGACCUGCGAGCUCAAAGGUGUUUGGAGAGGCAGUGGGCAGAGCCAAGCAGAUCGUGUGGAAUGGCCCUGUGGGUGUGUUUGAGUGGGACACCUUUGCCAAUGGAACCAAGAACCUGAUGGACAAGGUGGUGGAGGUGACAAAAUCCGGCUGUGUCACCAUCAUCGGUGGAGGGGACACGGCUACUUGCUGUGCCAAGUGGGGCACUGAGGACAAGGUCAGCCACGUGAGCACAGGGGGUGGAGCCAGCCUUGAGCUUCUGGAGGGUAAAGUGCUUCCCGGUGUGGAUGCCCUGAGCAGUGUGUAAGCACAGCUAGUCGUGUCCCUGUUGAAAGUUUGGAAGCACUUAACCCCAGAAAUGCACUCUGUCCAUCUCUUACCCCAGCCCCCUCCCCCACUUGCAUACAAACACACACCCUUCUACUCAUACCAUCACAAUCUUUCCAGCGAGAGGACACCGAUGACCAACACCUCUCAAUAGCUACUCUACCGCUGUACUAAUGGAUGAGAAACUGCCGAAGGCGCUGCAUUGUGUUUCUGUCUCUCGGUCUAUCUCCUUGUCUCUCCGCCUCAAGUGCUCCCUGAGCUUCACUCUCACGGUUCCCCGGCAGAUGGCCACCAGCAAGCACUUCAUAUGGCUGCUGCAGGUUUUCACCCAGAGGAGGAGAAGGAGACGUGCCUCAGAAAACGGUUGUUCAUCACUGCUAUUUAUCUCUUGACUUUCCAUGGCACACCAGGAGUUGGUCAUCUGUGUUUGGGUGUUGCUAAUAAAGUAUUAGUUUGUGUGUGUGUGUUUUUGCGUCUCCCAUGAACAAUCAGGCCAGAGGUGUGUGCCACCUUCUGAUGACGUAAAGGUUGUUUUGUGUUCUAACUCAAUAGAGUUUCUAUUUUGUAUUUGUUGCCUCCAUGCAGAUGUUGGAUAUUGUAACAGUAGGGCUUGUCGUGGUCAUCCUAAUGUGUACGCUUGGAAGAUACUGUAGUUGCAUUGGCCCAGUUGAAGAUACUGAGAAGAUUUGUAUUAAUCUUCUUGUGAAAUAAAUGUAUUGGUGCAAUACCCAAA